GUUACCAAGGAGACUUAGGCUGGAAAGCAAAAUGGCGGACAGUGUGCAGGUUGAAGAGCCGCAACGGAGAGCUGUUGGAGGAAUUAUAACAACAGGAAGGAUUCACAAAGGUCAUGGCAAAACAGCUGCAUCGGCCUCUAUCCCCAGCAAAUAUCAGACAAUCGUGAGUGAUAAUUCAGAAAAGAAAGGAUUCCUUUCUAGAUCCAAACGCUUUGAAGGGUUUGAUGCGAGUGUAAACCCAGGUCCUGGGACUUAUGGAGAACUAAAAUCAAGUGAAACUAGAAGCACUUCCUUCUCAAAGAAAGGAUUUGGUGGUUUUGUUUCCAAGGCAAAGCGUUUUCCAAGAGGAGUGCAGAAUACAGGACCAGGCCCAGGUUUUUAUGAUCCUUCAGUACCAAGGGAAAACAAUUUCAACAAAUCUUCUGUUACAAGGAAUUUUCAUCUUCCCAUUGCCCUUGAAAGAGACAACAAAAAAGGACAAUUCCCUGCACCAAAUCAGUACACGAUUGGUCGCACAACAGGAAGAGUUGUUUAUGAUAACAAUGUUGCAGCCUGUGCUGCAUUUCAGUCCAGAUCCAAAAGAUCAAAAGACUGGAGUGCAGGAGCAAUCUAUGGACCAUCUCCAUGUCAUUACACAAUCAAUGACAAGCUGGUAACAGAUUCACCCAAAAUUGCCACUGCGCCUUUUAAGUCUACAACAGAGAGAAAAAUGAUGCAGUCUCCUGUACCAUUCCCUGGGCCUGGGUCAUACAAACCCUUUGGAACAGCAGAACGUCAAACACUAAAGCAGCAGCAACAGCUGCAGCAGAGUGGAUUUCAUAACAAGCACUAUUUGUGUAUCUCUGCACCUGCCAUGCCCCUCCCACCCCUAGAGCCUAUGCCAGGACCUGGUCAUUACAAUGUGGUUGACUAUGAAGGCCCCCCUAAACAUUACAUGUCUGGCUCAGCUUUUGUAUCAACAACUAGUAGGUGGUCAGGAGGGGCACCUGGAGAGGAAGAGGCCCCAGGGCCAGCAACCUAUCGACCACAGCAUUAUGGAAAACAGUCAUUCAUCUACAACUCACAUGGAAGAUGGAUAUAGCAUUUGUUAUUAUUUAAUAGUGAAAAAUCCUAUUUAUAUUAUACUGUAAGACAAAGAAAACCAAAAGAAAAUAUAGUACUUCCUUGCUUAGGGUUUGAUACAGCAAAUUACACAUAA